UCUUCCCCGGGCGUGGCCUAAGCGGCCCGGUCCAGUCGGCCUGGGGCUGCUUGGCGGCUUUUCCUGCUCGUGGAGCUCUGCGCUGGUCUUCAUGCGCCCCAGCCCUCUUUCGGGGACACUGGCCGACCCCCUCUUCCUUUUCCCCUUUAGUGAAGGCCUCCCCCGUCGCCGCGCGGCUUCCCGGAGCCGACUGCAGACUCCCUCAGCCCGGUGUUCCCCGCGUCCGGACGCCGAGGUCGCGGCUUCGCAGAAACUCGGGCCCCUCCAUCCGCCCUCAGAAAAGGGAGCGAUGUUGAUCUCAGGAAGCACAAAGGGACCUUCCUAGCUCUGACUGAACCACGGAGCUCACCCUGGACAGUAUCACUCCGUGGAGGAAGACUGUGAGACUGUGGCUGGAAGCCAGAUUGUAGCCACACAUCCGCCCCUGCCCUACCCCAGAGCCCUGAAGCAGCAACUGGCUGCAGUUCACAGACACAGUGAGGAUAUGAGUGUAGGGGUGAGCACCUCAGCCCCUCUUUCCCCAACCUCGGGCACAAGCGUGGGCAUGUCCACCUUCUCCAUCGUGGACUAUGUGGUGUUCGUCCUGCUGCUGGUUCUCUCUCUUGCCAUUGGGCUCUACCAUGCUUGUCGUGGCUGGGGCCGGCAUACUGUUGGUGAGCUGCUGAUGGCGGACCGCAAAAUGGGCUGCCUUCCGGUGGCGCUGUCCCUGCUGGCCACCUUCCAGUCAGCCGUGGCCAUCCUGGGUGUGCCGUCAGAGAUCUACCGAUUUGGGACCCAAUAUUGGUUCCUGGGCUGCUGCUACUUUCUGGGGCUGCUGAUACCUGCACACAUCUUCAUCCCCGUUUUCUACCGCCUGCAUCUCACCAGUGCCUAUGAGUACCUGGAGCUUCGAUUCAAUAAAACUGUGCGAGUGUGUGGAACUGUGACCUUCAUCUUUCAGAUGGUGAUCUACAUGGGAGUUGUGCUCUAUGCUCCGUCAUUGGCUCUCAAUGCAGUGACUGGCUUUGAUCUGUGGCUGUCUGUGCUGGCCCUAGGCAUUGUCUGUACCGUCUAUACAGCUCUGGGUGGGCUGAAGGCCGUCAUCUGGACAGAUGUGUUCCAGACACUGGUCAUGUUCCUCGGGCAGCUGGCAGUUAUCAUCGUGGGGUCAGCCAAGGUGGGCGGCUUGGGGCGUGUGUGGGCCGUGGCUUCCCAGCACGGCCGCAUCUCUGGGUUUGAGCUGGAUCCAGACCCCUUUGUGCGGCACACCUUCUGGACCUUGGCCUUCGGGGGUGUCUUCAUGAUGCUCUCCUUAUACGGGGUGAACCAGGCUCAGGUGCAGCGGUACCUCAGUUCCCGCACGGAGAAGGCUGCUGUGCUCUCCUGUUAUGCAGUGUUCCCCUUCCAGCAGGUGUCCCUCUGCGUGGGCUGCCUCAUUGGCCUGGUCAUGUUCGCGUAUUACCAGGAGUAUCCCAUGAGCAUUCAGCAGGCUCAGGCAGCCCCAGACCAGUUCGUCCUGUACUUUGUGAUGGAUCUCCUGAAGGGCCUGCCGGGCCUGCCAGGGCUCUUCAUUGCCUGCCUCUUCAGCGGCUCUCUCAGCACUAUAUCCUCUGCUUUUAAUUCAUUGGCAACUGUUACGAUGGAAGACCUGAUUCGACCUUGGUUCCCUGAGUUCUCUGAAGCCCGGGCCAUCAUGCUUUCCAGAGGCCUUGCCUUUGGCUAUGGGCUGCUUUGUCUAGGAAUGGCCUAUAUUUCCUCCCAGAUGGGACCUGUGCUGCAGGCAGCAAUCAGCAUCUUUGGCAUGGUUGGGGGACCGCUGCUGGGACUCUUCUGCCUUGGAAUGUUCUUUCCAUGUGCUAACCCUCCUGGUGCUGUUGUGGGCCUGUUGGCUGGGCUCGUCAUGGCCUUCUGGAUUGGCAUUGGGAGCAUCGUGACCAGCAUGGGCUCCAGCAUGCCACCCUCUCCCUCUAAUGGGUCCAGCUUCUCCCUGCCCACCAAUCUAACCGUUGCCACUGUGACCACACUGAUGCCCUUGACUACCUUCUCCAAGCCCACAGGGCUGCGGCGGUUCUAUUCCUUGUCUUACUUGUGGUACAGUGCUCACAACUCCACCACAGUGAUUGUGGUGGGCCUGAUUGUCAGUCUACUCACUGGGAGAAUGCGAGGCCGGUCCCUGAACCCUGCAACCAUUUACCCAGUGUUGCCAAAGCUCCUGUCCUUCCUUCCGUUGUCCUGGCAGAAGCGGCUCCACUGCAGGAGCUAUGGCCAGGACCACCUCAUGGACACUGGCCUGUUUCCUGAGAAGCCGAGGAAUGGUGUGCUGGGGGACAGCAGAGACAAGGAGGCCAUGGCCCUGGAUGGCACAGCCUAUCAGGGGAGCAGCUCCACCUGCAUCCUCCAGGAGACCUCCCUGUGAUGUUGACUCAGGACCCCGCCUCUGUCCUCACUGUGCCAGGCCAUAGCCAGAGGCCACCCUGUAGUACAGGGAUGAGUCUUGGUGUAUUCUGCAGGGACAGGCCUGGAUGAUCUAGCUCAUACCAAAGGACCUUGUUCUGAGAGGUUCUUGCCUGCAGGAGAAGCUGUCACAUCUCAAGCAUGUGAGGCACCGUUUUUCUCGUCGCUUGCCAAUCUGUUUUUUAAAGGAUCAGGCUUGUAGGGAGCAGGAUCAUGCAAGAAAUAGGGAUGGAAGUGCAUCCUCUGGGAAAAAGAUAAUGGCUUCUGAUUCAACAUAGCCAGAGUCCUUUGAAGUAAGUGGCUAGAAACAGCACUCUGGUUAUAGUUGCCCCAGGGCCUGAUUCAGGACUGACUCUCCACCAUAAAACUGGAAGCUGCUUCCCCUGUAGUCCCCAUUUCAGUACCAGUUCUGCCAGCCACAGUGAGCCCCUAUUAUUACUUUCAGAUUGUCUGUGACACUCAAGCCCCUCUCAUUUUUAUCUGUCUACCUCCAUUCUGAAGAGGGAGGUUUUGGUGUCCCUGGGCCUCUGGGAAUAGAAGGUCCAUUUGUCUCCUUUGUGUAGAGCAAGCACGUUUUCCGCCUCACUGUCUCCAUCCUCCACCUCUGAGAUGGACACUUAAGAGACGGGGCAAAUGUGGAUCCAAGAGACCAGGGCCAUGACCGGGUCCACUGUGGAGCAGCCAUCUAUCUACCCGACUCCUGAGCCAGGCUGCCGUGGUGUCAUUUCUGUCAUCCGUGCUCUGUUUCCUUUUGGAGUUUCUUCUCCACAUUAUCUUUGUUCCUGGGGAAUAAAAACUACCAUUGGACCUAGAA